UAUAUAUAUAUAUAAUACUCCACACUUAUCGUCCGUCAAGCUGGUCUGUCAAGCUCGCCCUCUCAAACACUCCCACACCCCAAAUUCCUAAUUCUCUUUUUAAGAAACCAACCUCCGGCGACCACCGCCGCAACAAUGACGACGAAAGACUGCGGGCAUCACCACCACGACGAAAGGAGAAAGUUCUACCUCCGCCUCUUCGCCGUAAUCCUAACCAUCAUAAUCCUAGUCCUCAUCGUCAUAUUCCUGAUCUGGAUCAUCCUCCGCCCCACCAAACCCCGAUUCAUCCUCCUCGACGCCACCGUCUACGCCUUCAACAUCUCCUCCCCCCCCAAUUUCCUCACAUCCAAUCUCCAAAUCACUCUCUCCUCCCGCAACCCCAACGAUCGAAUCGGAAUCUACUACGACAAGCUCGAUGUCUACGCAAGCUAUCGAAGCCAACAGAUCACUCUCCCCACUCUCCUCCCCUCGACCUAUCAGGGCCACAAGGACGAGAACGUUUGGUCGCCGUUUCUGUACGGAAACGCCAUCCCGGUGGCGCCGUUCUUGGCGGAGUCGCUCGCCGAGGAUCAGGUGGCGGGAUCGGUGCUGAUCAAUAUCAGGGUGGAUGGACGGGUGAGAUUUAAAGUAGGGACUUUCAUCUCCGGGAAGUACCAUUUGUAUGUGAAUUGUCCUGCUUUCAUAUCGUUUGGUAACAGGAAUAACGGUAUUCCUGUUGGUCCUGCUAUUAAGUUUCAGUUGGUGCAGAAUUGUCAUGUUGAUGUUUGAGGAUGAGGAGUGAGUGAGUGAUCUCUCUCUCUCUCUCUAGAAUUUUUUUCUUUUUAUACUUUCUAUAAAUGUUGGUAAUGGUUUUAUUAUGGAUUUAUUUUACUUUCAAGUUUGAUUUCGUAGAUUGUAAUAUUUUUUUCUUCUUACUGUUAAGGAAAGGAAAGAAUUGUGUUCUGAAAGUGGAGAGCAAGAAGCAAAUUUGAGUAUUUGUUAUUGGAAAAUCUUACCAUGAAA